AUGGAGAUUUUCAAAUGCUUGUACAUCAACCUUCUCCUUACUUUCAUGUUAUCAGCAGUUUUAGCAAUCGACCCUUACUCAGAGGCACUCCUGAGCCUAAGAUCUGAGCUUGUAGAUAGUGAUAACAGUUUGCAUGACUGGGUGGUACCCUCUGGAGGAAACUUAACAGGGAAAUCAUAUGCAUGUUCUUGGAUUGGUAUCAAGUGUAACAAGGAUUCUACAAUUGUAACUUCCAUAGACCUGUCAAUGAAGAAACUGGGGGGUCUAAUGUCAGGGAAGCAAUUUAGCAUCUUCACAAAGCUAACUGAUCUCAAUCUGAGCCACAAUUUAUUCUCUGGGCAGCUUCCAGCGGAGAUUUUUAACCUCACCAGCCUCAGAAGCUUGGAUAUAAGCAGAAACAAUUUUUCUGGUCACUUCCCAGGUGGAAUUCCCAGUCUCCAAAAUUUGGUUGUGCUUGAUGCCUUUAGCAACAGCUUUUCAGGGCAAUUGCCUGCUGAAUUAUCUCAGCUACAAUAUCUUAAGGUUCUUAAUCUAGCUGGGAGUUACUUCAAAGGAUCAAUUCCAUCUGAAUAUAGUUCAUUCAGAAGCCUUGAGUUUCUUCAUCUGGCAGGAAAUUCUCUCACAGGAAGUAUACCUCCUGAACUGGGCAGCCUCAAAACAGUGACCCACAUGGAGAUUGGCUACAACUUUUACCAGGGUUUCAUUCCAUCCCAACUUGGUAAUAUGAGCCAGCUUCAGUAUCUUGACAUAGCAGGUGCAAAUCUAUCUGGCACAAUACCAAAGCAACUCUCGAAUCUCACAAGUUUGCAAUCACUUUUUCUGUUCAGAAACCAGCUCACAGGGUCAAUUCCAAGUGAGUUCAGCAAAAUCACACCCCUCUCAGAUUUAGAUCUCUCUGAUAACUUCCUUUCUGGGUCCAUUCCUGAAAGCUUUUCUGAGCUAAAGAACCUAAGACUGCUCAGUCUCAUGUACAAUGACAUGAGUGGUUCUGUUCCCGAAGGCAUUGCACAACUACCAUCCUUGGAAACUCUUCUCAUUUGGAACAAUCGCUUCUCUGGAUCACUUCCACAGAGCUUAGGCAGGAACUCCAAACUCAAGUGGGUGGAUGUUUCCACAAACAAUUUCAUUGGAAGCAUUCCACCAGAUAUUUGUGUGAGUGGAGUACUAUUUAAGCUGAUCCUGUUUUCAAACAAAUUCACAGGUGGUCUUUCAUCAAUCUCCAACUGUUCUUCCCUUGUUCGUCUUCGCCUAGAAGAUAAUUCAUUCUCAGGAGAGAUCCCUUUAAGAUUUAGCCAUCUUCCUGGUAUCUCAUACGUUGAUCUGUCAAGAAACAAUUUUGUUCGUGGGAUUCCUUCAGAUAUUUUUCAAGCUACUCAACUAGAGUAUUUCAAUGUCUCUUACAAUCUGCAAUUAGGAGGCAUCAUCCCUACACAAGUGUGGUCUUUGCCCCUACUUCAAAAUUUUUCAGCAUCUUUGUGUGGAAUUUCAGGCUAUCUUCCUCCAUUUGAGUCCUGCAAAUCAAUCUCAGUUAUUGAUCUAGAUAGGAACAACUUAUCAGGAAUUAUCCCAAACAGUGUUUCCAAAUGUCAAGCUCUUGAGAAAAUCAAAUUAUCUAACAACAAUCUGACAGGUCAUAUCCCUGAGGAGCUUGCCAGCAUCUCAAUUCUUGCUGUAGUAGACCUAUCUAACAAUAAGUUCAAUGGCCCUAUACCAGCAAAGUUUGGUAGUUCUUCAAGUUUACAACUUUUCAAUGUGUCUUUCAACAAUAUCUCAGGUUCAAUACCCACAGGAGAGUCAUUCAAAUUAAUGGAUAGCAGUGCAUUUGUUGGAAAUUCAGAGCUAUGUGGAGCACCUCUGCGACCAUGUCCUGAUUCAGUUGGAAUAUUGGGCAGCAAAGGCACAUGGAACUGGAAGCUUACACGUAUUGUGCUACUCUCUGUAGGGUUGCUAAUAAUCCUUUUAGGAUUGGCUUUUGGAACACUUUAUUACAGAAGGGGUGUUAAAAGUCAAUGGAAGAUGGUCCCAUUUGUUGGACUCCCUCAAUUCACAGCAAAUGAUGUUUUGAUUAGCUUCAAUGCCACAAAACCAACAGAAGUUCCAUCACCAUCACCUUUAGUUACAAAGGCAGUUCUGCCUACAGGAAUAACAGUUUUAGUUAAGAAGAUUGAAUGGGAAGCAAGGAGCAUUAAGGACGUGUCAGAGUUUAUAAUGCGACUUGGAAAUGCAAGGCACAAGAAUUUAAUCAGAUUGUUGGGUUUCUGCCACAACCAGCAUCAAGUGUAUCUUUUGUACGAUUAUUUGCCCAGUGGGAAUUUGGCUGAGAAAAUUGGAAUGAAAUGGGAUUGGGCAGCUAAAUUCAGAACAGUGGUUGGAAUUGCAAGGGGACUUUGCUUCCUUCACCAUCACUGUUACCCUGCUAUACCCCAUGGAGACUUGAAGUCCAGUAACAUUGUAUUUGACGAAAAUAUGGAACCCCAUUUGGCAGAAUUUGGGUUCAAAAAUCUGUUGAAGUUGAGCAAAGGAUCAUCUCCAACCACAACUAAGUGGGAAACAGAAUUCAAUGAAAUCACCAAAGAGGAACUUUGCAUGGAUGUCUACAAAUUUGGGGAGAUAAUCCUGGAAAUUUUAACUGGGGGAAGGUUGAGAAAUGCAGCAGCUAGCAUACACAGCAAACCAUGGGAGGUUCUUCUAAGAGAAAUUUACAAUGAGAAUGAAGUGAGUUCUGCAAGUUCAUUGCAAGAGAUUAAACUGGUUCUUGAGGUUGCUAUGCUCUGCACUAGAAGCAGGUCGAAGGAUAGGCCAUCCAUGGAAGAUGCUCUGAAGGUUUUGUCAGGGUUAAAGGGUCUCGAAGAUGGCAGAACUUCAAAAGAAGGGCAAUAAAUUUUUCAUUUGCAUCACCACUUUGAAAGCCAUCAGUAACAUAUAAUU